AUGCCCGAGGAAGUGCUGCCCUACCACAAAGAAGACAAGAGACUGGCGGCAUCCGAAUAUGAGAAAUACGACCCUAUACGCGAACGCUUCAGCUACGUGAUCGCCCUCCAGGUGUUUCUGCUGUACAUAAUAUACAUCUACUACGAUCACAUCAACGAGUAUCAUCCGCUAUUGGCUGGGGCUCUUCUUGGGGCACAAACGUCAUGUCUGGCACAGUCGUUGAACCAAUUCUACCAGCGUACAAUCAGCAUAUCUAAGCAUAUUAAAUUCUACAUCUACGGGAUUUUCAAUGGAGCAGCUACCACCUUUUGGAUUAGAUUGCUGGUGUCUCAGGUGGACACCAAACUCAUGAGAUUCGUGUACGACCAGACAUUUGGUGGACUCAUGUUUCAGUUCUUGUUCAUCUUGUACAACUGCAUUUGGGAACGGCAGGACCUCCCCCAAGACGGUGAAAAAUUUCCAGCAGAGAUGCACACCAGAGACCCAACACCCCCACAACCACUCCCCAGACCAACAAACAUCCAAUCAUCAUCACCGGGUGAGACGGACUCCAGACUCGAAGCGUUCAAAAAGGAGCCACAAGGGGUGGGAAGCUUCGAGCUUUUUCGUUUAGAUUCUGAAAUUCUUCCGCACAGCAGCUGA